CCGGGACUGGGUUGAGGCGAUGGCGGCCGGAGGGACCGAUCCGCGCACCGUGGACGUGGAGGAGGAUGCCUCACAGCUGGUCUUUCCGAAAGAAUUCGAGACUGCUGAGACCCUUUUGAAUUCAGAAGUACAUAUGCUUCUUGAGCAUCGGAAACAGCAGAAUGAGAGUGCAGAAGAUGAACAGGAGCUCUCAGAAGUCUUCAUGAAAAUAUUGAACUAUACUGAUCGCUUCAGCCGCUUCAAAAACCGGGAGAUUAUUGCUAGUGUUCGUAGUUUAUUACUCCAGAAGAAGCUUCAUAAAUUUGAACUGGCUUGUUUGGCUAAUCUGUGUCCUGAGACAGCUGAGGAGGCCAAAGCUUUAAUUCCCAGCCUAGAGGGUCGGUUUGAAGAUGAAGAGUUGCAGCAGAUUCUUGAUGACAUUCAGACCAAAAGAAGCUUUCAAUAUUAGAAGGAAUUACCAGAUUCUUCUGUAAUCUGAAAAAGAAACAUCAUUUGUUCCUAUGCAGUCUUGGACUAGUUCAGAAACUGUUACAUGAUAGAUUCCUAAAAAUAUUUGGAUAUGUUAAAUAUUGAUGUAGUUAUGAAAAUUAAUGUGGUAUGAAUGGCAGAGUUCUUUGGAGUUUGAUCUCAUUAGUUUAAGACUUGUUUCCAAACUUUCUCUAUUCAUGGGGGGAACGUACAAAACACUUGUGGCAUUGGUUGUAAAAUAAAUGAGGACAUAGGUCCCCUUCUGAAUAUUUCUUGUCCAAGAGAAACUUAUUUUCCUAUUAUUUCUUGAAAACUGUAGUAACAGUGGAAUCAGGUCUGAUAAAUUUCAGUGUAUUCUUGAUGAGUUUGAUCAAGAAAGAGAGAGUUCUUCCCUCAGAACUAAUUUUAUACAUUGUGUGAAAAAGUCCUGUAUUUGUAAUUAAGGGCAUGUGGUUUGUGAAAUUAUCCACUAAUUUUUAUGUAAUUCCCUUUGACUUAAAAAGGAUUUUUUUUACUGGAGUGGUGGAAAAAUGGUAUAAGUGGGAAGGAAUUUAUGAAGUUGAAUGUCUUUUCUGUA